AUGUCGAGCUCGUCCGAGGCUAAAGCAAAUAAUUGCGAACAAGUUGAUUUAAAGACAUAUUGCAAUCCAAACUACGAUCAAACUAUGCUUGAUUCUUUAAAUAAACUACGCCUUGAAGAGAAGCAUUGUGACUUCAUUUUAGAAGUGGAGGGUCAAUCGAUUUACGUUCACAGAGUAUUAAUCGUAAUUGCAUCUCCUUAUUUCGCAGCGAUGCUUCAGCAUGAUGUAAAGGAAAAUAGAGAAGGAAAAGUCAAAUUUAUGGAUGUGAAGGCGCCUGCACUGAAAGCAAUUAUCGAGUAUAUCUAUAGCGGCAAGAUAACAAUCACUGAAGAAUCCGUUGAAUCGCUUAUUUUUACAGCGAAUUUACUUCAGAUCGAUUGGGUGAGGCAUCAAUGUGAACAAUUUCUUAAAAGUAAAGUAAAACUAACGAAUUGCUUUACUAUACGAAGAAUUGCUACCGUACACUCGUGCGAGGAAGUUCUCAACCAUUGCGACAAAUAUAUAUUAAUAUACUUUCCGCGUUUGAUUAAUUUGGAUGGAUUUCUACAUUUGCCCUUCGAGGAGUUUAAGGCGUUAAUAACACACGACGAUUUGUAUGUGCAAUUCGAAGAAAAUGUUUAUCGAAGUGUAUUGAAGUGGAUUAAGCAUGAACCGGAAGCUCGGAAAUUUCAUCUCGCCGAACUAUUAGGUUAUAUUAAUUUACCAAACAUUCGAAGUAAUUUCUUCCAUAGUCAUAUUCUCACUGAGCCUUUGUUCAAGCAUAAUAUCCAGUGCAGAGGUGUUUCGACCGAUAGCGGAACGGAUUGUUCACUGGACAGUUUUCAGAGCACGAGAAGAACUCACCAACGUUACGGCACGCCUCAUGUGGUGUUCGUUGGUGGGGCAGAUAAAACAUGGCGGCCACUUAAAACAUGCAAAAUGUAUGAUAUAUACAGUGGAAAAGUGUCUACCAUCUCCCCAAUGAGAGAGGGUAGACGCAAUAUAUCUAUAGUUUCUUUGCACGGAUUUGCUUAUUGCACAGGCGGAUACAAUGGAGAGAGAGUAUUGAAAACGGCAGAACGUUAUGAUCCUAUUAUUGAUCAGUGGACCCAGGUUACACCUAUGAACUAUGCUCAUUCUGAUCAUGGCUCUUGUAUAUACAAAGAUCAUGUUUAUGUGAUCGGUGGCGAUCGUAAUCCAAGCGUCGAAUAUUACAAUCCAACAACAAAUAAAUGGUAUAAUUGCCCGGAUAUUCCUUCGAAAUAUUUUAUGGGCAAUCAGGCGGACGUAAUUGGAAAUAGUAUUUAUAGCUUGGGAGACGUACAGAAUAGAAAAGUUUGUAUUAAUCGUUUUGAUCCGCGAGAGGGUCGUUGGUAUAAACUCGAUAAUAAUACCGAAUUUGUAUGUCACUUUGGAUUGGUCGCUUAUGAUCACUCGCUAUAUUGCAUUGGAGGAUGGCCUCAGUCCCGGUCAAAUUUGUGUAAACGUUUUAACGUACGCUCGAAUAGAUGGGAAAUGUUAUCCCCUAUCAACGUUGGCAGAUGGGGUCAAUCAGCAUUGAUCAUUGAGAAGGAGAUUUACUUGUUUGGUGGCAAGAACGGUAAAUCUGUAACAACUGUCGAACGUUACGAUAUCGAGCAGGAUGAAUGGAUUAUAGAAGCUGCCAUUAAUAUUGAACUCUUUAAAGGGAAAGCUGCGCUCACCUAUCACCGAAGUGAUUGA